AUGACCACGAACAGCGCCCCAAGCAAACGCGGCAAUAGCAACAGCAACAAUGACUCUUUCGCCGCCCUUCAACUGUCCAUCCAGCGACCAGGCCACGAGCCUCAGACCCUCCGACUCUGCUUCCACUCCGGCUGGCCUUCCCUCUCCGAGACGAUCAGCCUACAUUUCGACGGCCGAGACGAUACCGAUCGCAAUACCUCGCGAGAACCGAACACGAUUGCGAACAUUGGACUCGGAGACGCCAUCGGGUGCCAAGGCUCCAUCCGCUGCAUGCUUCUGUCUCCAGAUUCCGAAUCUGUCCACAAUGGGGGAUGCUGCCUGCAAGACUCGCCACCAGCAUCCUCGCUAAAAGAGGCGGAGACGCAACAUCCCGAGUUGAAGAGACGUCGUCCGGGCACCAGCCGCUCGAAAAUACACCAAGCCGAUGACUCCCUCAACGAUGAUGACGAUGGCGAUGAUGGCGACACAACUGCUUUGCCAGUUAAGAGGCGGCGCUGUUCUUCAGGGUCCUUCGGGAGAAGCCUAGCCCCCAUAUCGGCAUCGCCAGCUGCUCCAGAGUACAACUGCCUCGUUCACCUCGGUCUCGUCAAGCUUUACCCAACCGAACACGACGUCAUUCUCAACCGCCUUCAACCAUCCGUCAUCCACCGAAGCCGAGCCCAAACCCUGCAGCAGCGCCUUCUCUGGCCCUUGACCUCUUACCUGCGCUGGUUCGGGAACUUGACCCGACUGCGCUCGAUACCCCUGCGUGUCGCAGCAUGCGCUGCCUUGGUAGUCGGUCUGGCUGCCCUACUUCGUGCUCUCCCACACCUGCCACUCGCUCGAGAGCGCCCAUCUCAAGGCGGCCACACACACGCCUCUCCCUCUCCUCCUGUUCGCCACCUCGAUCUACUCGCCCUCUACUCCGCAAACCUUGUCCGCUACGCUUCUGUGCCGAGGAUCCUGUCUCUCGGCUUCGCCGCCGGGUCGUUGCACGAGCUAGCAGGCCGAUAUGCCCCGGAACCCCCCGCCUUCGCGUGCAACUCGGCCGGCCACUUUGUGCCAGAGGAGUACUUCCUGUCCGACCUGCGACUUGUUCUCCCUGACGUUAUCUGGGACCUGAGACGCAACUCAGGUAGCACCGCCGACCCUCGCUCCAGCUCCGCCGAUGACAAUGUGGAAGAUGGCGACAAGACCGCCCCAUCCCUCGCCGCUCUUCAGGAACAGGUCUCCAGGGUCCUCUCCCGUCUCACGAUUCUCAACGGCAAGAUCCGAGCCUUUCCCAAGAACUGGUCUUCGGACGUGUUCCUCGCUUCGAGCUCGCGCCUGCUGGAGCUCGUCGAGGUCCGAAAACGCGAACCCGACGUCACAGUCUCGGCCAAGUACGAAUCACCGGAUACCACACCCGCCACCCUUGUCAGGCCUAACUGGUCCAGACUGGCCGAGGAUGCUGACGUUCCGCAAUCCUUCAGCUCAGCAUGGGCGGCGUACAUGGUCGCACGAAGCGAGCGGCGGUCGCCUUUGCAUACGCCUACACCGCCGCAGCCAGGCCUCUCGUCCUCUACCCCGCCAACCGAUUCAAAUGGACAGGACAGGAUCAACAACACCCAUCAGAGCCUCUUGAAAAUGGCCAGGAGGCCACUUGUGACGGUCAAUCUCGACAUUCCCGGAGAGGCCGCGCCCGGCCACCACGACCACGGAUACGCCAGGGUCCCUCGGGAGCAAGUGCUGGUUCUCUACGCUGCCGUCCUCGACGAAGCUUACGCCCUGCUCUCAGACAUAAUCGCGCGUGUCAAUCAAACCGUCGCCGUCGUGCCCGACCCGAUACCCCCGAACGUGGCGCCCGACGAAGGGAUGCGCUCACUCCUCGACAAACCCCCUCAAUACGGCAUCGCACGGAUACAUCGCGCCGCCCCGUUCCUACGCACCAUCGCCCUCGCGCGCCUGGCUGACAUGCGGGACCGGGCUCGCUCGGCAGUCCUCGUGCUCCGCGACGUGGUCGCACGCCAGUCGCCGCCCAUCGACCCUGGCAGCGGCGGUGGCAGCAGCAACACCAAUAGCACCGUGUCUGGGCCUGCAGCGACCUUUCCCGGGUGGCCAGUCAUCGCCGUCGACAUGGAGUUCGCCCACCAGUGGAUCCGGACGGAGUAUGAAGAAUGCAACCUUGCGACCAAGAUGAGGCAAGUCAACUUUAUGGCCGGCGUCGACGAAAUCGAGAGCGAGGAUGAGGGCGGCCGCACACCUGAGGGCCUGGUCUGGAGCAGGUGGAACAUGGAAGACGACCGGGAGGAUCCCUACAUGCGUGAGAGGUUGUUCUGGUGGCAGCGGCGGUGGCGGCAGGUACCCGGGCGGCGGAGCGAUGGCGGCGCGCUGGGUAAGGUGCCAGGUGUUAUUAGAAGCUGGUUUUCCUAG